AUGUCCGCCGCCGUCAACCGUAGCCUCCGAGCAGUUUCCCGCAGAAUCUCGGUCCCCAAACGGAGCACCGCCGCCUCCCUAUCUUGUGCCACUGCCGCCGGUUACAGGCGCUGCAUCACCGCCGCUCCCAGGGUCGGAGCUAGCCACUUCUCUACCAGCACCGCCAGGCACAGCCUUGCGCCCGUCAUGGAAGGAAACAGGGAAUACGAUCCCGAGAUCACUGAUAUUGCCAGCUAUGUGCACAAUCAGAAGAUCGACUCGGAGCUAGCCUAUGACACCGCUAGGUGGGUGUUCGUCGACACCCUCGGCUGUGGUCUCGAGGCCCUCAAAUUCUCCGAGUGCACCAAGCUCCUCGGUCCCGUCGUUCCCGGAACCGUUGUUCCCAACGGUACCCGCGUGCCCGGUACCAACUUCGAGCUGGACCCCGUCAACGGUGCCUUCAACAUUGGUGCCAUGAUCAGGUGGCUCGAUUACAAUGACUGCUGGCUCGCCGCCGAGUGGGGACAUCCCUCCGACAACCUCGGCGCAAUCCUGGCCGUCGCCGACUGGAUCACCAGGACCAACAAGGCUGGCGGCAACGUUGCCGGUGGCAAGACCUUUACCGUCCGCGAUAUCCUCGAGGCCAUGAUCAAGGCCCACGAGAUCCAGGGCUGCCUUGCCCUCCUCAACUCGUACAAUCGAGUCGGUCUCGACCACGUCGUGCUCGUCAAGGUCGCCUCCACCGCCGUCAUCUCCAAGAUGCUUGGCCUCUCCGAGUCCCAGACCGCCGAUGCUGUUACCCAGGCUUGGGUCGAUGGCCAGUCCCUCAGGACCUACAGGCACUCCCCCAACACCAUGUCCCGAAAGAGCUGGGCUGCCGGUGACGCCUGCCAGCGUGCCGUGAACCUUGCCCUCAAGGUCCUCAAGGGCGAGAAGGGUGUCCCCACCGUCCUCUCCGCCCCCACCUGGGGCUUCUACGAUGUCCUCUUCAAGGGCAACAAGUUCCAGUUCCAGAGGCCCUAUGGCAGCUACGUCAUGGAGAACGUCCUCUUCAAGGUCUCCUAUCCUGCCGAAUUCCACUCCCAGACCGCCGUCGAGGCCUGCGAGAAGAUCCACGCCACCCUCAAGGCCCAGGGCAAGUCCGCUGCUGAUAUCAAGUCCAUCACCUGCCGAACCCACGAGGCUUGCGUCCGCAUCAUCGACAAACAGUUCAAGCCCAUGGACAACUUCGCCGACCGUGACCACUGCAUCCAGUACAUGUGCUCCGUCAUGCUCGUCUUUGGCCGUCUCGAGGCCACCGACUACGUUGACGGCUCCGAGGCUGCCGACUCGCCCCUCGUCGACUCUCUCCGCAAGCGCAUCAGCUGCGUUGAGGACCCCCAGUUCACCAAGGACUACCAUGACCCCGCUCUCCGCACCAUCUCCAACGCUCUCACCGUCGAGCUUAAUGACGGCACCGUCCUUCCCGAGGUCGUCGUCGAGGCGCCCCUCGGCCACAGGCUCAGGAGGGAGGAGGCCAAGCCCGAGAUCCUCAAGAACCUCGUUGACCUGAGCGUCGACGCCAAGAAGCUCGACGCCAUGAGCAUCGACGAGUACGUUGACCUCUACGUUGUCAAGGACAACAAGUUUUAA